CUUCAUUUAUCGCACCAUUUAACAAAACUAUUCUUCUUAAAAGAGCAUCUGCGUAACUUGCAUGCUGGUGCACAGAAAUUGCUAGCUGUAGCUCGGGAAACUGUUUGGGCAGUAAACGGUAGGCACCUAGCUAGGCGUACGGUUAAUAACUGCGUGCGCUGCAGACGCCUGCGUGGCAAAACAUUCUGUCCUAAGAUGGGAGAUCUCCCAUCACAGCGCAUAACACCAGAUUUUCCUUUUAAAUCUGUAGGUUUAGAUUUUGCUGGUCCCUUUUACAUCCUAAAUCGAAAGGGAAGGGGCAGCAGUUUAAUUAAAUGUUAUUUGUGUUUGUUCAUAUGCCUUAGAUUUAAGUGCGUUCAUUUGGAAGCAGUAUCUGAUUUGUCAAAAAAUGCAUUUAUCAUGACCCUUCGUAGGUACAUAGCACGAAGGUCAAAGCCGGCUGAAAUAUUUUGUGACAAUGGCCGUAAUUUCGUUUCCGCCGCGAAGGAGGUAGGUUCCUUUUUAAAGUCAAAUGCUGAAUCUCUAUCUGAUUUUGCCAGUCAGGAGGGCAUCAAGUUUAUAUUCACGCCUACCUACGCUCCUCACUUCGGCGGCAUUUGGGAAGCCGGCGUUAAGUCCGCCAAACACCACAUUCGUAGAGUCAUAGGAAAUAGCCAUUUAACCUUUGAGGAAAUUUCUACAUUGUUUGCACAAGUGGAGGCUAUUCUUAACAGUCGUCCCUUGUGUCCUUUAUCCUCCUCUCCUAACGACGUUCUCUCCCUUUCCCCAGGGCACUUUCUCGUUGGACGCCCACUGACUGCAAUGCCAACGCCCACCCUGGACCAUUGCAAAGAAAACGCACUGCAGAGAUACAAUCGCGUUGAGAAAAUUCGACAGCAUUUCUGGCAAAGGUGGCAGAAGGAAUAUAUCUGCGAAUUACAGCACAGGACCAAAUGGAAAACAAGCACAGAUAAGCUGAAGAUCGGAGAUAUGGUCUUGCUUCAAGAGGAUCACGUGCCACCCCUGUGCUGGCGCCUUGGACGAGUCACACGCUUGUUCCCGGGACCAGACGGCAUCACGAGAGUUGCUGAUGUCACUACAACCCGAGGAUGCGUCCGGAGACCGCUAGUACGUCUCUGCCCGCUGCCGACGGCUGAAGAUUUUGAGAGCUGUUGAAAUGUGCUUUCAACGGGGGGAAUAUGUUGCGGCGCACAUACGCCUUAGAGUUUAGAUAUAGCAUUAUAUAAGUUAGGAAACAUUGCAUUGAUUAACGUCUAGGCACUAAUUUUUAUUGUAUAAUUGUAGGUAGAUUUCUAUACAUUCUCUUCUAUUCACACCACGAUACGAGCUGUACCGUUUUUGAUUAUAACAAUUAAAAUACGUUGUAAAACCUCAAAAUCAGCUUUAAUUUGACCUCCAGUAUGUCAGGCUAA